AUGUCAACCGACGGGCAGUCCGCAGAUGUGGACAACAACACAUUGUAUCCCACCUCCAGCAAGGCAUCCUCGCGAACCAUGCGCAGGUUAUCCAGUCAAAGUGCCCAAAGGGCGGAUCUAUUUGGAGGACCGACCGUUGUUGCUCCGCCACAACAUCUGGAAAACCACAGCCAUGCCAACGAGACGGCCCGUGCUAUGGAAAUGGCGAAGCAUCACUUGGCUGAAUCAUCACCAACAGUCACACCCCCUGAUUCGGGACCAACUACGCCUGACGACAGCGGCCUGAGCACAACCGACAAGUAUGCUUUCGCUUUUGAUAUAGAUGGAGUCCUCAUCAAGGGUGGCGAGGUCAUCCCCGAGGCCGUAGAAGCCAUGAAAGUCCUCAAUGGCCAAAAUGAAUAUGGAGUCAAAGUUCCUUACAUCUUCGUCACCAACGGUGGCGGAAAGACCGAAGAGGAACGAUGCAUCCAGCUCAGCAACCAACUCCAGAUGGAAGUGUCACCCGGCCAGUUCAUCUGCGGGCACACGCCCAUGAGGGAAAUGGCUGAGAAGUAUCACACGGUCCUUGUCGUUGGCGGUGAAGGCGAAAAGUGUCGCGACGUGGCCAAGGGCUACGGCUUCAAAGACGUCAUCACACCUGGGGACAUUAUCAAAGACAACGCAGAUACCACGCCCUUUAGAAAACUGACGGACGAAGAGCACCGAAACUCCAACGUUCGAAACUAUGGAGAAAUCGAGAUCGAGGCCGUCUUCGUGUUUGCUGACAGUAGAGACUGGGCUGGGGACUCCCAGAUCAUCCUCGACUUGUGCAUGAGCAAGAAUGGACGGUUGGGUACCAGGUCUGAAACCUUCGAUGAAGGUCCACCGGUCAUUUUCUCCCACAACGAUGUGGUCUGGGCGACUUCUCACGCCUACUCUCGCAUUGGCAUGGGGGCAUUACGCGCGUCUCUCGAAGCCAUGUUCAAGGCCAUCACGGGGAAGGAGUUGAAGACCAUCGCCUUCGGUAAGCCUCAGGUAGGCACGUUCCAGUUCGCCACCAGGCUGCUUCAGCAAUGGCGGAAAGAUACCCACGGGAUCGAUCGACCUCCGGAGACAGUCUAUUUCGUUGGCGACACCCCGGAAUCAGACAUUCGAGGCACCAACGAAUUCGACGAAUCAGGCGACUCCGAGGCGACGUGGUACUCCAUCCUGGUCCGCACCGGUGUCUUUAAAGAAGGCACGCGGCCCCGGUACAUGCCCAAAAUGACCGUGGACAACGUUCUGGAAGCAGUCAAGCACGGGAUGAGCAGAGAAUUCGACAAGGCGCUCAAAGACCUGACGAUAGGCGGUGCAGCGCCUCAGCUGGCCAACGCCAUCGCCGAGGACGAGGAUGAACGGUAG